AUGGCACCCGAAUCCAUGUGGCUGAAGCCUGUGCCCAUACAACUUGCCACUAACCCGGUGGAUUCCUGCAUCGAGAGACUGGACCGCAUUUUCCAGAAGUUCUGGGAGCGUUUGGAGCAACGCAGCAGACAGAUGCAGUCUGGUCCUGUGAAAGUGGUGAAGGGGGUUGCGGAACGGG